AUGGCGGUCCCACGCUCACUCGCUUUCCUGAAGCAAGGCACCGGUUCCCAGGUGCUGGAGACCUACCUCGACCCGCUAUGCCCAUUCUCUGCCAAGAUGGCUCGAUCGCUUACUGCUAACGUUCUGCCCUUGCUUCGGAAGGGAGGGGAGUACGAGGGCCAGUUGAGCGUCGUCACAUGGAUCUACCCUCAGCCAUUCCACUACGUCUCUCCUGUCGUGACGGAAGCACUGCUCGUGUUCGGGACCCACCAUCCGGAGCUGUUCUGGGACUACCUCACUGUAGUAUUCGAGAACCAGUCCAAGUACUUCAACGUUCCCGCCGCUUCCCUCACAGCCGACCAAAUCCGGGACGGCCUCACCGACCUCGCACUCUCCGUCCUCGAGAAGUCGGGCAAGUUGGGCCAGGGUCCUAAGAGCCAGGCAUAUGGCGAGUUCAGGAAGCGGAUUGGAGUGGUCGAGCAGGAUGGAGGGAUGAAUAAGGGGACGGAAGCGUUUGAGGGCAUGAAGCAUAUCAUCAAGAUUGGUCGACAGAAUUCCAUUCAUGUCACGCCUACGACGCUGUUUGACGGCCUCGUUGAUAACUCCAUCUCGUCGGGCUGGGGCAAGGAGGACUGGACCAAGUACCUCAAGUGA